AUGUAUAAAAUGGAGUAUUCUUACCUCAAUUCAUCCGCCUACGAGUCAUGUAUGGCCGGGAUGGACACGACGAGCUUGGCUUCAGCCUAUGCGGACUUCAGCUCCUGCAGCCAAGCCAGUGGCUUUCAGUACAAUCCGAUAAGGACCACGUUUGGGGCCAGCUCGGGGUGUCCCUCGCUCACACCGGGCUCCUGCAGCCUUGGGACGCUGCGUGACCACCAGAGCAGCCCUUACGCCGCAGUUCCCUACAAGCUGUUCACAGACCACGGUGGCUUGAACGAGAAGCGGAAGCAGAGGCGCAUCCGAACCACCUUCACGAGCGCCCAGCUGAAGGAGCUCGAACGGGUGUUCGCUGAGACCCACUAUCCAGACAUUUACACGCGCGAGGAGCUGGCUCUGAAAAUUGAUCUAACAGAAGCCAGGGUGCAGGUUUGGUUCCAAAACAGACGCGCCAAGUUCCGCAAGCAGGAGCGUGCAGCUGCAGCCGCUGCCGCCGCUGCUAAGAACGGAUCUGGCAAGAAGUCGGACUCCCGGGAGGAGGACAGCAAAGACACUAAAGCCACAGACCCCGACAGCACGGGUGGCCCGGUGCCCAACUCAAACCCCCCUUCCAGCUGCGGCGGCCCCAGCCCCACGGGCGGACAGGUCAACAGCACCGGAAAUGGACCGGUGGAGCAAGUGAAGACGACCACGACCAUGACCAUGGGCGGCAACGUUCCUAGCCAAGGAUGGGCCUCGGCUCCAGGAUCCAUCACCUCGAUACCCGACUCACUGGGCGGACCGUUCGCAAGCGUACUGUCGUCUUUGCAAAGACAAAACGGAGCCAAAGCCACUUUAGUGAAGACCAGCAUGUUCUAGCUGAUGUGCUUGAGGAAUGGAGAAAGUGUGUCAGAGCGGUGUGAGGAGAUGAGAGAAAAACAGUUUACCCUUCAUGACAGAACAGCAUUGACUCAAAAAUGGAGGAAUGCCAAACAAUAUGACACUUGUUUCCCUUCACGUGGUUGACUAAAACAACU